GGGGAAUAUGGGAGCCGGAGCCGAAAAAGCCGAUCUUUAGGGGCUUUUCGGCCCUUGAGCUCGGAUCUGAUCGCGGGGUGGGAUGGGUUGCUUCCCGUGCUUCGAGUCGAGGCGGGGAGGGGUGUUGAAUCCAGGGAAUGGGAGGGACGAUAGCCGGGAGGAGCACCCCAUGGUUCCUCCCCACAUCGAUCGUUCGUCCUCGGUAGCUGAUAGUGUGAAUCAUCGAAGCAAUUCAGGCUCAAAAAGGGAAGCGCAGAGUGAGAAGGAUGUGUCUAGUGUUAACAUUUCUGCGCAUACAUUUACCUUUCGGGAGCUUGCAACUGCAACUAGGAACUUCAGAGAUGAGUGCUUUCUAGGAGAAGGGGGGUUUGGGCGGGUCUACAAAGGGCGUCUUGAGAGCACUGGUCAGAUUGUGGCUGUGAAACAGUUGGAUAGAGAGGGCCUCCAAGGAAAUAGAGAGUUUCUGGUGGAGGUACUGAUGCUUAGCCUAUUGCAUCACCCAAACCUAGUAAACCUAAUAGGUUACUGUGCUGAUGGAGAUCAACGUCUUCUUGUUUAUGAGUUUUUGCCAUUGGGAUCUUUGGAAGAUCAUUUACAUGAUCUCCCGCCUGACAAGGAACCCCUGGACUGGAACACAAGGAUGAAAAUUGCUGCAGGUGCAGCUAAGGGGUUGGAAUAUCUCCAUGAUAAAGCCAGCCCACCAGUCAUUUAUAGGGACUUCAAAUCGUCCAAUAUAUUAUUGGGUGAGGGGUUUCACCCAAAGCUCUCAGACUUUGGUCUUGCAAAGCUCGGUCCAACUGGCGAUAAAUCUCAUGUGUCAACGAGGGUGAUGGGCACCUAUGGCUAUUGUGCUCCGGAGUAUGCUAUGACUGGACAGCUGACAGUUAAAUCUGAUGUUUACAGUUUUGGAGUUGUACUUCUGGAGCUGAUAACAGGUCGGAAGGCCAUUGAUAGCGCAUUACCACAUGGUGAACAAAACCUUAUUUCCUGGGCAAGGCCCAUGUUCAAUGACCGAAAAAAACUCCCAAAGCUUGCCGACCCUAGAUUGCAAGGCCGAUUUCCGAUGCGUGGGCUUUACCAAGCACUUGCUGUAGCAUCGAUGUGCAUCCAAGAACAAGCUGCUAGCCGUCCUGGAAUUGCAGAUGUCGUCACUGCUUUGUCCUACUUGGCAAACAAAGCUUAUGAUCCGAAUGCCUCGCCUGCCUCUAGUAACAGAUCUGGGGGUGACCAUGAUGAAAGAAGAAUCCGCGGAGGGAGUGGAAUGAUUACAAAGAAUGAGGAAGUGGGAGAUUCUGGCCGAAAACGCGAGCUAGAAGGAUCAGAGAAAGAGGACUCACCAAGGGAGAUGGCUGGGAUCUUCAAAAAGGAUUUUGAUCGGGAGAGAGCUGUGGCAGAGGCAAAGAUGUGGGGAGAGAAUUGGCGGGGGAAAACACGAGCCAGUUCACGAAAUGCUUCAUGUGCUAAUAGCUGAAGCUGAACACUUCUCUUCCCAUUUUUUUCCUGUACAAGAGAAGUGGCAAAUUAUAGCAAGUACCUGUUAACAAGUUAGCUUAUUUUUCCUUAUCUAAUUCCUUUUUUCA